CCAAUCUUGUUGUCUGGGUCAUCCUCAUUUCGCGACUGUUUAGGUGCUGGUCAGGCCUGGUGCAUGCUACAGAGCACUGAUGUCCUCUAAUUCCCAUGUCCGUCGUCAAAAUUGACCUCUAAGCACCAACAGACACCAGUUGAUGUCUGUUUCGGCGGUGCUACUUCCCUGAACGAGGAGUAUUCGGUCUUCUAAGGACGCUGACAAUGGGCAUUAAAGGGCUUCAUGGCCUGCUCAAAUCGAUCCAAAAACCAUGUCACCUGAAAAAGUUUAGUGGGCAGACCCUGGGAAUUGAUGCAUAUGGAUGGCUACAUCGAGGCACUGUCGCCUGCGCGGUGGACUUGGUUUUGGAAAGGCCUACUAGGAAACACAUCGACUUCGUCUUGAAUCGAGUCCGCAUGCUCCUCUACUUCGGGGUAACUCCAUAUCUUGUAUUCGACGGCGAUGAGCUGCCAAGCAAGGCUGGAACCGAAGUGGAGCGUCAAAAGAGACGGCAGGACAGCAAAGCCCUCGGUCUGGAACUCCAGCGAAAAGGGCGGAUCGCAGAGGCAUACCAGGAACUGCAGAAGGCCGUUGACGUAACGCCCUUGAUGGCGCGGGAGUUAAUAGAGGAACUGAAGAAGAUAGACGUUCAAUACGUCGUGGCUCCGUACGAGGCAGAUGCGCAACUGGCCUAUCUGGAACAGCAAGGCAUUAUUGCUGGUAUCAUUUCAGAGGAUUCUGAUCUGCUCGUCUUUGGUGCAAAGCGGUUGUUAUCCAAGCUCGACCAACAUGGCGACUGCAUUGAGAUCAACCGUGCUGACUUUUCGGCCUGCCGAGAGGUAAGUCUGAUCGGGUGGACAGACGCCGAUUUUCGACGUAUGUGCAUUCUCAGUGGCUGCGAUUAUCUCCCCAACAUUGCACGCUUAGGGUUGAAGACAGCCUACCGAAGCAUUCGGAAGUACAAGAACGUAGAGCGGGCGUUGCGGAUGCUUCAAUUUGACGGUCAAUACCACGUUCCCGCUGAUUACCUGGACAACUUCAGACAGGCGGAGCUUACGUUCCUCUAUCAGAGGGUAUUUUGUCCGAAAGCUGGGAAACUGGUCACCCUAACACCGCCUGAAGCUGAUGUCAAGUUGGAAGAACUCACGUUCAUCGGUGGUGACGUGGAACCUGACGUCGCGGUCGGAGUUGCUCGUGGCGAUCUGGACCCGACGACAAAGGAACGUCUUGUACUAAAGCCAUCGCUCGCAGCUAAGCCGGCCGAUAAGAGGCUGACCAACACGAUAAGCCGUCGACAGACCCUGGGCUCUUCUGCUGAACUCAAGCCAAACAAGCCGAUCAACUCCUUCUUCACCCCCAAGCGCGUUCCCUUGGCAGAGUUGGACCCGAAUAGUCUCAGCCCCUCUCCCAGCCAACAACGGCUGCUACAACGCCAUGCGAACAACUCUUGGGACAGUGUUCCUGCGCCAUCACGGCCAGCACUCAUGCGAUCUGCGUCAUCAGUCGGGUCGUCGAACCGGGCUUCUAGCCCUUUGAUUAGAAGUGUGGAGCGUAAUGCCUUCCUGGCACAUUCCUCCAGAACAACGAAUUUGCAGCCCGCUAAGCGGCAGCGACUAUGUUCUGAUGCAGAGGAAGCUAACCUCCCGAAUCCCCCGGAUUCCCGCAGCAGAUUCUUCUCCUGUAGUGUUAACGAUGCUAGUCCAAGCGCACAGAAGGCUACCCGCACCAAGAAGGCGCGCAAGUCUAUUUUGGACGUCUUCUCCGAUGAUUCUGCAGAAGACCUCAUGACACAGCUGCCAGACCCGAGCCAGGCGACUGAAACUCCCAGUCGUGUCAAUUCAUCCUCCAUCGAUGACAGGUCGAUUCAAACGCCUGCUGCAGCUACUUCUGAGCUGGGUGCUCCUGAGUCCCCUGCGGGAGACUGCAAAGAGAAAACUCAAGAGCAGAAUUCACCCACUUCUGAACAAGCUUCGGAGAAGAGAUCGGAUGAUGUUGGCGACGGCUAUACACCAAACCUUUUGCCUGUCGCAAACUCUCCCACGCUUUCAAAAUACGUCUUUCAGGCCGGAACUGCUGGUGUGGGUAGUCAAAAUGAUAAGCUUGGUGGUAAGGGUCAUCAGUCAGGUUCCUUGAAUGAGCACAAGGCGACUACCGGAGUGCGGCACGGCUUGUUGGGAACACCUCCCAGACGUCAGCGGACGACGCCAUUGCAACGGCUAGGCCAAAGCGCCUUGGCUCGGUCUCGAUCACUCAAUUGUGUUUCUCCUUCCCUGGCCGCAUUUAGAGCCUCCAAAUCACCGGCAAAGAGCCCUGCAAUUCCAAAGCUUGAUCACAAGCCUGUGCGAAGCUUGGCAACUCCCAGUCAAGGCAGUGAAGACAUGAUAAUUCCGGAUAGCGAAGAUGAAGAAUCCGAGGGCGAGACCCGAGCCCCAGUGGGACUUGCCCCGUUUGAUGUGCGACGAUUCUCGUUCAUGGGUAAAUAGAAUCUUGGGUUCUCGAAGUGCAGUUACAUCUUAGACAUUGGCAUUAUUUGGAAGUAUCUUACAUGCGUGGAACCGGACCUACACUCGCUCUUCCUCGAUGUGAAAGCCCUCUCUGGAUUUCAUUUCAUGGCCUUCACGUUGCACCACUUGAUUUUCCUAUACAUAUAGCAUCGACUCUUAUAUGCGCUCGCCAGGGCCCUGUCUUCAAGACACAGGCUUGGACACCUGCUCCCGUUAUGGGUCCUUACAGAUUUUGAUUAUACUUGGCCAUGCCGGAAAAUUUGGUAGGCCUUCCGUGACAGGGCUUUUGAUAAAUAUCCUCUAGCCUUCCAGCGCUCUACACAU